AACCUGGUUUCAAUCUCUUACAAGCGAUUCUUCUUUCUAACGGUUAUCUGUUACCGUCUUCUUUUUUUCCUCUUUCUUUUUUUUUUAAGCGCGUCAACGAGCUUCAACGAGUUGCAUUACUUCUAUACUGACCUGUUUUGACGUUCCCAUCAUUGCUGAUACCCGCCACCUACGAUAAUCGUCAACACUUUACGCUUUUUGGCAUCGUCGAAUAAACAGGAUAGGAAGCAUCGCCCAUUGUCUACUUGUCGAACCCGAGCUACGACCUGUCGCGCAAACCGAAGUCGAACUGAGAGAACUUUCCGGCCACCUCUUGAUUCACAUGAGCCUUUUUCUCUGGCAAGAUGUCUAACGGUGGUGGCACUCUAACUCUUCCAUCUCCAACACACCCACACCAUCAUCAUAUUGUGGAUGUUCAAGCAGGCCUUCGAUCUGUACGAAGUUCUAUUUCGCGAUCACCUUCUAAAUUUCCUCUUCGAACUUCAUCUCAAAGUAGUUCGGAUACGGGAUCUUCUCCUUCAUCUCCAUCAAUUAGGCGCGUUCAGUCUCAAUAUUUCGGACAGAAUUCGCCUUCAGGUAACCAACCUCAUACACCCCACACUCAAUCACCUCUCGCAACGCCUUUCCGGCCAAAUGCGAAAUUGUCUCUAAGAUCUGCGAAAGCAGCGAAGAGUCCCGCCUCAUCAAAUAAACCAUUUUCUCGACAUCGUACAUCACCCAAAAGCCCCUCAAGACGAGUUUUGAGUCAGGUUUCUUCCACCUUUUGUAGUAAUUCUAGCCAAUCACCAUCCUCUUCAAUUGACACACUACCCUCCGGCCAAGAAAAUCUCGGCUUUUUUCAUACCCGCAGUCCUGUGUCGCGCAAGGCAGCUGAAAAAGCUGCGAAUCGGCACAGCAUGCAUCUCGACAUGAGCGGUUCGUCCUCGCAAUUGAGCUUGUCUCGAUUUAGCGAGGGCAACACUACUACCACUACUUUAUCCUCCGUCGCGAGUCCACUCAAGCGAAGCGAUGCUUCAAUGAGUCUCGAUCAGUCUAUUUCGGGAAGCCCAAACCCGAAGCGACGUAGCUAUGGCCCAGCUACCAUGAACCUUGACUUCAAUGUGUUCGACCAAGUUGGCGCUACUUCGCCUAACCAGGAACUCCAAGAUGAUUCCGGUCGCGAAUAUGGCUGGACGACUCCAACUGCCAAUAUCACUGAGCCACUAAUUUCAUUCACACCACCUUCCGUCCCUGUGCGCAGAGCUGGAUCUUUACGAAAGUCGACACUCCAGCAGCGCGAGCGCACAUCAUGGGGUAAGCGCAAUGCCGCUCAACAGUUGGCUCAAUCUUCUGGUGAAGUCACUACCCCUCAGCGCGAACGAACAUCAUGGGGAAGACGACAGGCAGCGCAACAGUCUCCUAAUGGAACCACGACUCCAAUUGGUAAGAACCGCCCGCGUCUGUCCGUGGAACACUUCGUGCCGCCGGCCUCAGCCGCAUUCGGCUUGCCAGCACCACCGCCUACCCCGGCACCGCACCAAGUUCAGCCGCAGAUGUUCGCGCAACUGAACCAUCAGCCACACCCGCUCUCUCGCACCAUUACGACAUCAUCAUCUUCUAGUUCGGGUCAAGCUAGCGAUUCGCCAAUGCAGUUCGCAAUGCCAAUUGCCGAGAAGUCUAGAGCUCCCAUGAACUUCUCCAAGAGCUUGCCUGUCGGUGCUGUUCGUCCACAGGCAGAUAAGUCGAGCUCUGCUCUCAUCUCUACUCCUGAUUAUAAGAGUGACAGGCCGUAUGAGGGAGCUUUCGCAUCGACCGGCUUGGUGUCUAAGAUGAAUCGCAACCCCGAACUCGCCCCUGCCAAUUCUGGCUUUGGCGCUGUUCCUGACACGCCUUGCAAGAAGCAUGCAAGCAGCUUCGCUACGUACCCGCCCAUGCAGCCCUUGACGAGCAAUGCUAAGGCUAGAGGCCGACGCAUGCGACAUACCUUUGGUGUGCCAUCUACUCCAUUCGACCUAGCUACGCCAAACCGAACGGCGAAUGUCUUCACUACCGAUCAGCCUCGACCCUUGUUAUUCAAUGGAUUCUCUACCCAUUCUCGCAAGGAGAGCCUACUUAGUUUGUAUAACGACGAUGGUCGAAGCCCAUCUCGAAAAGCUUGUGGUAGCGACACCAGCAACGACGGCGACUUCCCGCCGACACCCACGAAGCAGAGCACUGUACCUCGAGGUUCUAGCAGAUUGACUCGCAUUUCGACGAACGAGAGCCCUACAGCUAACCGACGUCUUCCUCCUCUGUCGGCAGUUGGAUCAAGCAUGGGCAUGCGACGUGACGCAGCUGCUAGCUGUAAGUAUAAUCCGAACCAGCCACGUCUUUAUAGUGCGACUAUUCCUCUCGUUUGGGGACCGCAUACACCCUUCUACCCCACGCCACUAGGUGGUGAAGAAAUGCACGAAGAGGUUCACGUUCACUAUGGCCCAUCUAGCCCAGAUGGAGCGCCUGGACCGCUCAAGGCCUACUCUACGCCCGCCCUUGAACUGCCCCCUUUGCCUGUUGAAGUUGAGUUUGCUAAGAUGAACCCCGUAAUUCCAGCAAGCCCAUUAGAGCGAAUGGAAUUUGCAGAGAAGACGUCUCCCCGAACCCCUCAGGGAAACAUUGUGCCUCCCGACGCGAGCGGUCUAUCCAUCUCGAACGCGAAUGACAACUCCCCACUCGCCGGCGACAGAAACCUGAACCUUCCUGCUACCCCGACGACCCGACAAGGCAAUGCCCCCAUCUUUCUUGAGCGACGGGCUAUUACCCCUAUUAAUGGUUUACCAACUCACGACGUGGACGAGGAACUCAUUGCGCGUUUUGGUAAGGUUGAGUUUCUGGGUAAGGGCGAAUUCUCGUGUGUGUACAAGGUCAUCCAGCCGAGCCAGCCAAGAAUGUCUCAGCAAGGCUAUUUUAGUACUCCUACUCACCGAAGUCCGGGCUCCCCUUCAUCGGGCAAGGUCUAUGCAGUGAAAAAGCUCACUGUGCCGAUUCAAGGUAUGAAGGACAGGGCCCACCGACGCCGUGAGGUGUGCGUGUUGGAAGACCUGAGAGGAUGCGAGCACGUUCUUCAACUCGUCGAUAGCUGGGAGGAGAGCCAAUGCCUCUACAUCCAGACCGAGUUUUGCGAAGAGGGUAGCCUCGAUGCCUACCUCAAUUUUGUUGGCUUGAAGGGACGACUGGAUGAUUUCAGAAUCUGGAAGAUCCUUCUUGAGAUUGGCAAGGGACUGAGAAGCAUUCACGAGGCUGGGUAUAUUCACCUCGACCUUAAACCCGCCAACAUCUUCAUCAACUUUGAAGGUACCCUGAAGAUCGGCGAUUUCGGAUUGACGACGUCGUUGCCCUUGGAAAGAGGACCCGACAUCGAAGGCGACCGCGAGUACAUGGCCCCUGAGGCCCUUCGAUCUGAGAUCAGCCAAGCUGCUGACAUAUUCUCUUUUGGCUUGAUCAUGUUAGAGAUCGCGGCCAAUGUUAAGCUCCCUGAGAACGGAGCGACCUGGACUGCACUGAGAGAAGGAGACUUCUCCGAAGUUCCAACCAUGACUCAAGCUGAAGACGCGACACCAAUUGCUCGAGAUGCUAAUGGCAUGCCUCUUGAUGACGGUGAUCGUAGCACUAACUUGUUUAGAGAGAGCCGCAAUGCCAAAGAGCCCCGCCGCGCAUACAACUUCCGAUCUCGACAGUCCGCGGACAUCUUCGGUCUGGGCCGCAAGAAUGAGCUACAAAAUCCGCCGGACUUCAUGAAGGAUCCCAACCACCCCGAGUCUCUCGACAUUAUUAUCAAGUCGAUGUUGGCUCCAACUCCUGUGGAUCGACCAAACAUCUUCCACCUACUUAGUCUACAGGCAGUUAACUGGGUCGCGACCCGUCAACGAGCAGCCGCGACGGUCUUCGAGGGUAACUGGGGUCCUGCGGAUGAGGUGUCUAGUCCUCCUCUCUCCCUGGAUACGGAGAUGACCGAUGUCUAAGCACAUCGCUUGGGUCAUCAACCAUAUUCACAGAAUUCAUCAAAUCUUGCUAAAUCUGGUGUAACAACUGGCUACGGGGUAGUAUUUGAAGAUGCAACAGCAACUGGUUUG